CGGUACUGUAAGAACAAGCCGUACCCAAAGUCAUGCUUCUGCCGAGGUGUCCCUGAUGCUAAGAUCCGCAUCUUUGACCUGGGGCGGAAGAAGGCGAAAGUGGAUGAGUUCCCACUCUGUGGCCACAUGGUGUCAGAUGAAUAUGAGCAGCUUUCCUCUGAAGCCCUGGAGGCUGCCCGUAUCCGUGCCAACAAGUACAUGGUGAAAAGCUGUGGCAAAGAUGGUUUUCAUAUUCGAGUGCGGCUCCACCCCUUCCACGUAAUCCGCAUCAACAAGAUGUUGUCCUGUGCUGGAGCUGACAGGCUCCAGAUGGGUAUGCGGGGUGCCUUUGGAAAGCCCCAGGGCACGGUGGCCAGGGUCCACAUUGGCCAAGUCAUCAUGUCCAUCCGCACCAAGCUGCAGAAUAUACACACA